UGCCUCAGCUCCUCUCCUCCGAGUCUGUGCUGCACACAUCCUGUUUGAGAGGGAGAGGCGAAGGAGGAAGAGAAUCAACAGAAGAGACUUCUUAGUCAAGUUUAGUCAACUUUUACGCACAUUUUUAUUUUAUUUUGAAAGACUUAUAUUUUCCUGUCGAUUUUUCCACAGACUGAUGAUAUAUAUAUAUUUUUUUUUUGUUGCCAAAGAUUUAUUAUGACCCUACUUUUGGGAGCUGAAAUGAAGGUGCGCCUGAAGGCAACAUUUUUAACGUUGUUCAUAUACGGAUUUUUGUUGGCACCUUAGUUUUAAAGUUGUAGCCUAAACCUUAGCGUCAUUGGAGGCGUUUGGCUGAAGGACGUCAAUCCAGUGCCAACUUGUUGAACAGGAGAAAGAAGUUCUCCGCAUGAAGCGUUGGAUUUAUGUGAACUAAAACAAGAAGUCGUCACUAAGAAAAUAAUCUGGAUUCCGUGAUGUGUGUUUGAAAGUUUCCCCGAUCCGAAUAUAUUUCGUUCGGACAGGGGGGGACUUUAAUGGAUUUUUUAUGUGGGACCCGCUAGGAUGGACGUGGUAGAUGAAACAGAAGCGUUACAGAGAUUUUUUGAAGGUCAUGAUAUUAUCAGUUCUCUGGAACCAGCCAACAUCGACACAAGUAUCCUGGAAGAGUACAUCAGCAAGGAGGACGAUAGCACUGACAUCUGUUUCUCAGAGGUCCACAGCACCCCAGGACCAAAUUACUCAUCUCCCCAGGCAGGAGUGUCCUCCUCUGGGGGGUUGGUGUGUGGUGUGAGCCCCCCUAUUCCACUGCGCCAAGGAGCCCCUCCGCCUGGGCCUCCUAACUGUCAGAACGCCUACCCCCCAGGUCCAUCCCUGGGCCUCCGACACAACUACCUCUGCCUGGGACAGCAGCAGCAACACCAGCAGCAGCAACAGCAGCAGCAGCAGCAGGCUCACAUCAAGCCUGAGCACAGUGGCCACUACGCUCCAGGGACACUACCUGAGUCCCCCCCAGACUCCAGCUCAGAGCCGUACUCUCCACAGCAGGUGAAUGAUCCUCACAUGAUCAGGACCAUGACACCAGAGAACAUGUGUCACAUGACUCCAACGCCACCACUCCCACCACACGGGCACUAUCCCAGCAUGCAUCGGGACAUGUACAUGAAGCCUGAGUCCAUGAUAUCACAGUAUCCCAUUGGUCCAGCCACAAGCGGAAGUGGAGACAUGCAGCAGACUCAGAUGCUCCAUCAGCUACUGCAGCAUCCACAGGGGCAGGACGGCAUCCCUGUUCACCAGGCCAAGAAGAGGAAGCACUCUGACUCUCCCAACAGCACCCUCAAUUCCCAAAUCCUCACAGGUAUCAUCAAACAAGAACCAGGUUUAAUGCAGGAUUCAGACAACUCCUACCUGGACCCAAACUAUCAGUGCAUUAAGUGGCAGCCUCACCAGCAGAACAAGUGGACACCACUGUAUGACGCAAACUGCAAAGAGCUUCCAAUGCCAACCUACCGUGUUGAUGCUGACAAGGGCUUCAACUUCUCCUUGGCUGAUGAUGCUUUUGUUUGCCAGAAGAAGAAUCAUUUCCAGGUCACAGUAUACAUAGGCAUGCUGGGAGAUCCCAAGUACAUCAAGACAAGUGACGGCCUGCAGCCCAUUGACUGCUUCUAUCUCAAACUCAAUGGAGUAAAGGUGGAGGCCGUGAAUCAAUCUAUCAGUGUGGAGCAGUCACAGUCUGACCGUAGCAAGAGACCCUUCAAGCCAGUGAUGGUCACUCUGCCCUCAGAGCAGGUCACAAAGGUCACAGUGGGGAGGCUCCACUUCAGCGAGACCACUGCAAAUAACAUGAGGAAGAAGGGCAAACCGAACCCUGACCAGAGGUAUUUUAUGCUGGUGGUGGCGUUGCAUGCUCAGUCCCACAGUCAGAGCUACACUGUGGCUGCCCAAGCAUCCGAGAGGAUCAUCGUCAGGGUAACGUCUGGCCAUGUCUGUCUGCCUCCUACAACAAUCAUAUCCCUUGCAUCCAACCCAGGCCAGUUUGAAAGUGACAGCGAGGUGCUGUGGCAGCGUGGCCAACUGCCAGACUCAGUCUACCACCACGGGAGAGUUGGCAUCAACACCGACCGGCCGGAUGAGGCCCUUGUUGUCCAUGGCAACCUGAAGGUCAUGGGCUCCCUGGUACACCCGUCUGACAUCAGGGCCAAAGAAAAUGUGCAGGAGGUCAACACCACAGACAAUUUGAAACGGAUUUCUCAGAUGAGGCUGGUCCAUUAUCAAUACAAGCCUGAGUUUGCUGCCACCGUGGGCAUAGAGAACACUGCAGAGACUGGAGUGAUCGCUCAAGAGGUUCAGCAAAUCUUGCCUGAAGCAGUGAAGGAUGGGGGUGAUGUGGUGUGUGCCAAUGGAGAAACUAUCUCCAACCUGUUAGUGGUCAACAAGGACCUUAUCUUCAUGGAGAACGUGGGAGCGGUGAAGGAGCUGUGUAAGCUCACGGACAACCUGGAGACUCGUAUAGAUGAACUGGAGCGCUGGAGCCGAAAACUGGCCAAGCUACGUCGUCUUGACAGCAUGAAGAGCACCGUGAGUGGAAGUACUGUCAGCCAAUCAGGGAGUUAUUUCAGCAGAACAGGAAGUGGCCCACUCAGGAAGAAGACAGUCAAACCUGGGAGCAAGAAUUCAGCUCCAGAUCAAGGCUGCAUCAGCCAGAGGUUCAUGCAGGGAACCAUCCUGGCACUGGUCAUUGUCAUGGCCUUCAGUGUCAUUUCCAUGUCCGUCCUUUAUGUGUUGACUCUUCACCAUAGAGGAGACGUCACAGAGAAAGAUGGGUCCAGAGCUGCUUUGGGAUCCUCACGUAGGAGUCCAUAUACUCCACUGUCCACCACCCCUGCACCAGCUUGCUGUUCAACUACAGCCAUAAAUAACCAAUCAACUAUAGAUUUGACAUUGAAUAACAACCAAUCCACACCAGAUUUAGGCAGCCUGGUUCCCACACCAGGAACUAUGAUCAAGAAGGCCAAGUCCAGACCAAUGGACAAGGAUGGCCGCAAUAGAAACCGUCUGAGUCACACCUCAGCACCUUUGUACUUUGCCAAGUCUAAAAGGCCGGCACCUACAGACCUGGGCGGAGUGGGAGCUACCAACCGUCUGCCCCCAGGUCAGCCGACACUGCCACGCAGACAACGCAGCCUACACACAAAGGGAGGAAGGUCAGCUCCCUCUCUGACUAGUCUACAUAUCGUGGAGACAAACCAAGAGAUCACAGCACAAACUUGCGCAACACCAGAAAGCUGCAGCUAUACAGUAUCACUCCAUGGAAACAGAAAUUCCUCCAUCUCACAAAUCACUUUGCACAUGACGUCCACGAACAGCGUGUGGGUACGACAAUGUGGGGCCACCAACGGACGUUUAUGCCCCAACCACACAGAGACAGAGCUCUAUGGGGGACAGAGUACAUCAACAAAGGGGACUCAUCACCUUUGGUCAGUGCCUGUGCUGUCCUUCCAGGACAUCACCUAUCACUUCCGUGUCUCCCUGUCUAGUGAGGCAAGCUGUGCCACUGAAGGAGAAACCUCAUCAUACUCUGACUACCAUUUUAUCAUUCAAAGCAGCUGUGUGUGAGAAGGAAGACAAUGUGUCCCAGUGCCUUUACAAUACACCACAUUUGUGGUUCCAUUUGUACGCUGUUGUGAUAGGAUAGGAUUUUGUCUCAUUAUUGUACGUUAUUUUUUUAAGAUAUUCAUACAGAACAAAUUAUAUACCACUGUCCCUGUCACUGUUAUCGCCUCCACAUGUAUAUGCAUUAAGACAUCUCUUUUUGCUGUGAUGACUGGAGUUGAAACACUGUUUUUUUCUGUCACUGAAAAUGUUUUAGAUCACUGUAAUUGACGACUGUGUUGUGUCACUGUUAACUGAGUCCAUGAGUUUAUAGGUCAUUUUAUUAAUGAUCACCAAGUCCAUACUUAAUACAAGCCAGAAAUACUUUUUAGCAGAAUUCAAGUUUCUAAAUAAAGUCCAGGCUAAGAUACAGUAGAUGCUGCACUUUUUUUUUUUUUUAAUACAAUGAAUCUCUAAGUACGAUGAAAUCAGUGUCGACUAAAAACAAAAACACUUUUCAAUAGUUUUAUACACUGGAAAGAAGAUCAUUGGCCUCUGCUGAAGGCCUCAGUGAAUUGUUGCAAUUCGCACUGAAAAUAUACUGUACCUCAGUAGCGCACACUGGCAAAAUCCUGGGCCCCCCCAGGAGGCAGUCGACUUUCUCAUCAUGCAGCAUCUGACUAAACACUGUACAAAGAAGGUAAUACUGUGCAGUAUUGCUAUCUCAAUUGUGACAUUAAGUGAAACAUCAAAUUGUUACAUUAAAUGUUUAUGUAUAUGCAUACUAUUACACAGAAAUCUAUAUUAUCGUUCCAAAAAUGAAGGCAUACAAGUCAUACUACUUUCAGCAGAUUCACUGGAAGACAUGCGAUAAGACUGAUAAACAAAGUAAACAAUUCACUGGAACUGAACAUGUAGAAACACUGACAGCUCUUAGCAUCUGAUAGUGAAUGCAACAAGUCCAACACUGACUAUAGAAACACUGGAAUAGCUUACACUGUAUUUGCUAACCAGACAGAAUGCUGGUAAGGCAAUAAAUGGCAUAAAAUCAUUUCAGUUGCAUGCCCAAUCAUUUCUCUAAAAUUAUACAUUUCCGCUCAGAGGCAACUCAAAUGCUUCAGCUAUGAAAAUUCAUUUUUAAUGGCUCGAUCAUAAAGCUGAGGAGGAGUUACAUUUAGUUACGCACACCGCAGAGAUAAAAUUAAACACUGGACGGUUUCAUGUAUUUCUCUGGAUGUUUUGAAUACUUUUCCUGUGCUUUUACAAUUAAGAAUAUGUAGUAAUAACACUUUGAGUAUAACUGGAUUGUAUGUAUGUUUUCUUCUAUUAUCUUUUCUUGUUUUAAAGCCAUUCUCCACUUACUCUCACCACCAUGCUCUUGUUGCAUUUGUCAAAAUUUGUUUUUAAAUUCAUAUUCCAUAUGUGUCUGUAUUCAGAAAGAAAAAAAUACAAUAGUGUAUCUCAAAUGUAAAAUCAAUAUUAAAUAGGAAAAAGAGCCAUCAGACAAACGUUUAUUGAAUUUAUCAUAUUAUUAGGACACUGUAAAAUGCUUUCGGUAUAAUUUGUAUGACUUCGGUGGGUAUAGUGUACUAUUUUAGCUUAUUUAUAAUGCACCAGCUAGCAUAAUGAAACCACUGUAGCACUUUUUGCACUGUAUAUAUGAACUGCUUGCUCUAUCCAAUGCACCAGACUGUUUUCAUUUACUCUGGUAGAACUGCAUUACAUGUAACUGUAUAGCUUCAUUUUGUUACUACCAAUGCUCCUUUUUAUCUGAUGUGUUUUAUCAUAUUGUUUUUAUAGUUGAUAUGUUUUGGGGUUGUUGUAUUAUCAAUAAUAUAUUAACCUUUAGCUAAUGGAGCCGAGAAAUUAUUGACAAACAUGUAAACACACACACACACACACACACACACACACACACACACACAUAGCAAUGCAUUUCUAAUUGUAGCACUAUUUGUUAGGAGAAAAUUCCAAAACACUAAAACUCGUUGAGUACUUUAAUAUCACUACUUUGUCAUUUUAGGCCAUUUUAUCAUUACAUUUUUAAAAGCCUUUCGUCAAAAAAAAUGCUGUAAUACUAUGUAAAUGCAUGUAGUAAAUAAAUUUGUGAUUGAAUUUUC